AUGAGUCGAAAACGCACUCGUUCGAAGAAGCUUCUAAGGAUUUUUCAAUACAAAAGCCACGCUCAACCAGGUAGUCCUAAUGCAAUUGAAGAUCUUGCGACGCGUCUUCGACGCGCUACAACAUUCUUGUCCGAAUACCCUUACGAGACUCAAAAAACUGCCGCGCGUAUUUACGAUCUCAGUGAGCGCACGUUGAAUAGUUACCUCAAGCGACCGAAGAAUCAAAGAGAUGCUGAGUAUCGUAAAGGAGUCGAUUCACGCAAAGCUGAGCGCGAGCGUAAAAGGAUUAUACGAAAACGCUUUGCUGCAAGUCUAAUUAUUGAAGACGACGAUAUAAUACUCAUUCCAAUUCUCGAUUCGAAAGAGAUUUGGUGGAUGCAACAACCUCUUGAGCGUCAAAUUUUGCGGCCUCGUAAAAAAGGUAUUCCUCGACCAACUCUUUCUCAACUCGAACUUUCUUUCGAUAACGACGAUUUGAUAAUUACAACCGACACUGUUAAAGACCCCUCUUUAAAGCAAGAUGUUAUUCCUUUUCUUAGUAUUAAUAUCGAUAGCGAUAGCUUCAAUUCUAAUAGUAGUAAAGAUUCAAACGAUUCGUUGCGUAAAUCAAAUAUUUCAUCAAAUGAUACGAUUUUGAAUGUUUCGGAAGAAGAUGUAGUAGUAGAUUAG